ACAUAAAGCUGAGAGCAGCUCGAGAGAUAGAAGUUUGUUCCACACAGUUUUGCUUAUUACCCAGAAAAGAUGGUUGACUCCCGGUCUAAUAAAAAUGAGUUUAUAUAUUUGCCACAGUCAUCUCAAAUGCCACCAGAGCUCUACGACUGGGAGCCAGUGCAACAAAAGGGUUUUAAAGAGAAGUUCGUCGAAAAAGUGAUGGCGAACCCAUUUGUACCAAUCGGAUGUGGGGCCACUGUCAUUGCACUGACACUUGGAUUGGUACAGUUUAAUAAAGGCCAAACAAGAAAUUCACAGUUAAUGAUGCGUUUCCGUGUCGGUGCACAAGCAUUUACGAUAGGAGCUGUAUUAUUGGGUGUCGCUCUUCAAGCCACAAAGUCCAACAAGGAAUCAAAGUAGAGGAGUCUUGGCACGCUGGCUAAUUAUUUGACCGAUGUCUGGAAAUACUAGAGAAUUUUGUGUUCCAUUUCUACUUUGGGUAUUUGUGGCUACACUAAGCAUGUUUAUGCUGAGAGGAUUGUGUUGGUUAAUCUGUAAGCAUUAGCAGCCACACAAGAAACUGAGAUUAAAUGAUAGCUUUAUUCUGUGUCGUAUCUACACUAGGAGUAUUGAAAUGGUGCUGAUUGGAGGGGUACUAUUUAGAAGUGAAGAAGAGGAAAAUGAGAUAGAUGAAGUGAUAUAGGGUGAUUUUUUUUAGCUCAAGUAAAUUUCUGGUAAUGGCCUGUGAUUGCAAACUUUUUCUGGGGGAAUUCCACUGGCAAUGCUUGGUGUCAGUUGUCAAUCUGUGGGCCUACACACACCUGUUUUUUGUGAUAAAAUAACAGUGCAGUUGAAGGUACUGUACAGUAAUAGAAAUAUGUGUCUUCGAAGCAAUUGCUAUAAUUGUACAGUAAUACAAUUAUUAGUUUCCUUCUCAUAGGAUGUAUGUUACAGUAAGUAUGUUUUGCAAUGAGGUUUUAUUCAGAAAUGUUAUUCUGAUAAAUGUCUAAUCAACAUUAUAAUUUAUUUUUAAAAAAUAGAUACUGCACAUAAUUAUAUAAUUAUGCAUUAUGAUUUUUACAAAAUAUAUAGAUAAUUAAAAUGUAUGUACAGUAUAUAGACCAUUUUCGAAAAUUUGAAAUGAAAAUUUCCGAUAACCUGGCAACUACCAUUGGAGGACUUUCAGAGGCCUAGCAUUUCACUCUACGUAUUUACAAAUCAUGGAUUAAAUCAACGAUAAAAGUAAAUUACGAAUGAGCACAAAUAUUUUAAAACGGAAAAAACUGGAAAUGUUUAUAUUAAAAACAGGUCUAUUUCAAUGUUUACAUAUACAGUAGUUAAAGUAAUUUAUUUGUAUCUGUUGUCUACUGCGCUAUCCGCUGCGCGGUGCUCUAUUUGUAACUGGCCAGCUGUUCAGGCUAGGCUGCUGGAAGUCCCCCAGUCAGUUUCAAAAUAAAUCUGACAAAAUGGUCUAUACAUGAAGUUAAUAACCUUACAUUUAUGCAGUUAACAUUUCUACUUUAGUGUAAUGUGAUGUAUUUACAUUAAUCAGUUUAUACAUAACAAUAUAAUGAGAACACAUAGACAAUACAAUGUAUAUUUUUUAUUUCUUUAUUUUUCCAUUAAAAUUAUGUGUACAACAUCAAUGACCACCAUUAGUUAUCAUAAAUAUAUCAUUAACAAAAAUAAUACACGACAUUUAUAAAAGGAUGAAUCCAUUCUGCUGAAUACAACUUUAGAUAUAAAUACAAUAUUGAAUACAAUUGCAAUUCACUAGAUGGAAUACAAUUAUAACACACUAUUGUUUCUUGGUAACAAAUCAUUUUACCCUGCGAACAAAUAACAUCUGUAAGUUAUUGUAACAUGUGCUGUACAGGGUCACAAUAUUUUACAGUAUGUAACAAACAGAAACAAAAAAAAAUAGAUAGUUUGGCCUUUAAAUGGGAAUAGGUUCAAUGUAUUUCAUAAUCAGAGUCUAUUAUCUUUUCAUCAAACAGCAAGUUACAAUAACCGUUACUGGGCGGAAUAAAUAUAGAAUAUACAGUGGUGGUGGGGAACCCCAUAAAUUUUUAAAACUUGUACAAAAAAUCGAGAAAAAAAGAAUAUUCAAGUUUGAGAGUGCCAUUUCUGGCCAUCCAGGGGUGUUUUCUUACCACAGCCCCAACCAUGGUGGUGCUGAGGCAGUAUAGAUCCCCCUCUGAUAUAUAAAUAUGAGGGACAGUGGCUUGGCCUAAUAAUUGAUGAUAACAAAUACUAUAUGCUUCAAUAAGAAAAUACAGUAUAGUGGAAAACAAGUUAUUUUUCAGAAAUUAUAUUCACUAAUUUCAGAGUUUGUAAAGUAGACUAAAAAAGUAGAAAAUAAUUAAAGAUUUCUUUGUUGUGUAACUACAGUAUUAAGAAUGUGGAUAAAAGUGUAAUUACGUUAUUAACUUAAUUAAUCCAUUGGUUUAAAAUUCCACAAAUGUGAAUAAAUGUUAAAACAGGA